AUGUUGAUAUCCUCAGUUCCAGCCUUCUGCGACUCCUCACCUUGCCUGAAUGGCGGAACCUGUAGCAACAACCAGCUCAACUUCACAUGUGACUGUCGUAGUGGCUUUACUGGGGACAUGUGCGAGAUCCGCAACCAGACAUGUGCAAUGAAGGAUUGUGGGAUGUCUGUGGGCUGUAUCGAUGACCCAGUGACUGGCUUGUCUGACUGUCUGUGUGGCACCGGCUAUGUCAAGGUGGAAGCGUCGUUCAGAGACACGAGUAUUAUACCCCUGGACCACGGUCUCAACAUUAAUGAAUGUGUGCUCUGCGACCCGACUGGUGUGAACAGUUGUAUAGAUGAAAUCAACAGCUACACCUGUCUCUGUGUUCAGAUUUUACUCAUGGUGACCGAUGUGAAAAUGUCCUUGACCUAUGUGAGGAUGCCAACCCUUGCCUUGACCGUGCACUCUGUGUUGACAACGGCACAGCAGCUUCGUGUCAAUGUCCUCCCGCCCUAA